AGCAUGAUCCCAUAGAGGAACAGGAUCCUAAUGUGGAAUGAGAUCCAACAGUUAUCUGGAACCCAUCGGUUAUGCAAUCCCAUCCGGGAACGGGAUGCCAUCAGGAUCACACCAGGAAACAGGUCUGCGCCGCAAUAGUGGUCCUAAUGCAAUCCCGGGCCACUCCAGGUAUAUUGGCUAGUCCUUUAUAAAUUAGACCCUAGAAUGAAGCGAGCUACAACAUGCUCAGUUAAUUAAUUUGUUCAGACAAAUUAAAAUGAUCAAAACAGACGCAAGAGAAAGCUGUGUGGAUAUUUUUUUUCAAAACUGCAUAUCCAAAUUAUUUCUUGUCUCAAGUUCUGCAACAUGUUACACAGUAGCCGAUACAAACACAAACUUUGUCAUCAACAAUGGACACAGCCACUUCCAUCCAAUUGAAAUCCUUGGUGUCGCUAGCAAAAGCUGGUUCAUGUUCAACAUCUUUGCCUUCAAAUAUCAUCUUACCUUAAAAUUGUAAAAUUAAAAUUAAAACUAACCUCUUUGCUUUGUAUGUACCCUGUACAGCCCAUACACUAAUCUCAUAUGCCAGACUGCUGUCAAGAGGCAGUUAAUUUCUUCUUGACAGGACUUAAAGUUUAAAUAACAAUAUUGCAACUGAGUUUCGGCAGUUUCAUGCUUAUCUGUGGCAUAAAUUCAGUGCAACAAAAACCAAAUUCCAUCAUACCGAACAUUAAAAAAUAAUAAUGGAAGUAUGGAAGACAAUAUUGAGUGAUCUUUUCCCAAUGUUGAUACAUUAUUGAAUGCCCCAGAUGCUCAACAUACUAAUGAUAAACCAAUUGCUCAGCCAAGCGUUGAUUUUCUCAGUUGAAGCAUUUAAAAAAAAACAGAACAGAACAACUAGGGAAUAAGUCUGAUUGGAUGCUUUAUCUUUACCGAGUAUAGAAUCAUGUGUUACAGAAAAGUCUAUUUCAGUUUAAAAAGGAAGCAUCUAUUUAUUUAGGUCAUGGAUUUGGUCAUUUAAACUCUAGGCCAAGAGUUUCAAAUUUAUACCACUGUUAAUUUGUACAACUUAAUUUCAGAGGUGAAUAAAGCCUUUUGGGACUUUGAAACAUUUGUUUCCUAUAACUGGCUGAGAAUGAACAAAACAAAGAGAUAGAUUAAAACAAAGACAUUAUUGCCAUUUGACCAAUUUUAUCUUGGUUUUUUGAAGUGAAUUUUGGAUAGAACUCGUACAAAAAUAUAGCUAUUUAAAUUUAAUCAAUCUUUUUGUUUUGUUUGUUAAAUAGUACCGGUAAUAAAUGUUAAUUUUAUAUUUUCCAGAGAUUGACUGCACCUUGAAAGGGACAUUGAAAUGAUUUGACACAUCAAUUAUUCUCAGAAAUAUGUAGAAGCAGACAAGCUUUUGGUGUCGGUUUGAAGUAUAAUUUUAUUUAAAAUAAUUUGAAACUUGUUGCAUGGAUCACAUGGAGUUCGGUAUCGCCCUUCCACACUACGUGGAGCUGACAAACGUAGGGCGAGAAUGGGCCUAUAUGAAGCAGAGACUCAACGCACAUGUCCACCACAGCUCAGACGGCCAUCAGCAGCAUGUGCAAGGACUUGUUAAGGCUUUCCUCAUUAACAUUGCUGCGGAGCACGUGCAGGAAUUGUUCAGUAUGUUUGGCCUUACUUACGACGAAGCUUUGAAGUUCAAUAGGAUAUUGCAGCAGCUGGAGGAUGUUUGCCUGCCGCGCUUUCUCAUCGUCUACAACCGUUUCAAGUUCUUCACGUGCAAGGAAAAGUGUAGCAGCGAGUUUAAUGAUUUUCUUCAUGAUCUCAUGAAGUGGUCAAAAAAUUGUGAAUUUGGAGACUUAAAGGAUAUUCUCAUGAAAGACUGCAUUAUUAAUGGGAUUUCUGAUGACUCUUUAAGACAGUGUCUCCUGAAGACAGAAGAGCUGGAUUUUCACAAAACAUUGGAAAUAUGCAGGAAGGUGGAGAAGAGUGAAAACAGUAAAAAUGCCAUGACUGGCACAGAACAAGUGCAGUACAGAGAUGCCAGUGUUGGCACCGAAGAGCUGGCACAGUUCUCUAGUCAGUGCAUGAAUAUACAUAAGACUGUCAGAGAUGUGGGCACAAAUACAGCUGAAGAUUCUUUUAACUUUGUUCAUGACGAAGCCACAGCACCUCAAAGAAACUGUUCCAAAGUGAUGGAGGCCGGUCCAGAAUCAGCCCAAAGUGGGUGCUCCUCAGAAUUUGGUCAUCACACAUAUACUGGUUCUCAAGAGAGCUCAUGGACAAAGACAAAAGUAAAUAGAUCUGUGGAUAGCUCUAACAGAAGGAUCAAUGCAACAAAAAUGUUGGGAGCAUCUUCUAGGGAGUUGAGGAGCUCAAAAAGAUCAAACAAGGAAUCGGUUAAGAAACAAAGUGAACUUUUGACAGACAAAAAAGAUUCACCAUCAUUAACAGUUACAAGUGGUAAGAUUGUGAAGAUAUUGCCAAAAGAUAGUAAAAUUAAGACUGAAGAAGUUGCCGUGGGUGUGGAUAUAAAAACCGAAAAAUUCCUCUGUGCUAAAUGCGGCAAGAGUUUUGCAGACGAUAUAUCACUCGGCGUGCACAUAUGCAGUGGUGGGAGUAAUGUGCACAUGUGCAGUGGUGGGAGUAAUGCCUACCUGCAUAGACAAACUUUUAAAUGUCGGAUGUGUAAACAGAGUUUUCCUGAUACGAUGUCACUGAGGCAGCACAGGCUGGCGCACAAGGGAGAGAGGAGGUUUAAAUGUGACAUUUGCUCCGCAAACUUUGGAAGUCCGUCUCAUCUCAAGGUCCAUGUUCGACAGCAUACAGGAGAGCGCCCGUUCACGUGCGAGACUUGUGGUGCAUCAUUUCCUGAAGCUUCCAAACUCAAGGUCCACCUGCGUAAGCAUACAGGUGAGAGGCCCUACUCUUGUGAAAUAUGUCACCACACAUUUUCAUGGACAGCUGCUUACACACGUCACUUGCGCACGCACACUGGGGAAAAACCUUACACGUGUGAAUUCUGUGGUGGAAACUUUGCAGAUUUUACAUCUUUGCAGAGGCACAGGCGGACUCACACUAAAGAAAAACCAUACUCAUGUGACACCUGUAACAUUAAAUUUGCAGAUCCAUCUGCCUUGAAGUUGCAUAAGCGUAAACAUACUGGCGAGCGACCAUAUGCCUGUAACCAUUGCAAUGGAACAUUUGUUCGCUCACAGCACCUGAAAGAUCACAUGAAAAUACAUUCAGGGGAGAAGCCUUUUGAAUGUAGCACAUGUGGAGCCAAAUUCGUUGAAGCUUCCAAACUCAAAAGCCAUCAACGAAAGCAUACUGGGGAAAAACCAUAUAUAUGUAAAAUCUGUGACACCAGCUUUGCAUGGACUGCUGCAUUUACAAGACAUAUGAGGACGCACACUAUGGAAAAACCUUAUAUUUGUGAUGUGUGCAACUCUCGAUUUGCGGACCACUCGACAUUAACUAGACACAAGCGGAUUCAUACGGGAGAACGCCCAUACAUAUGCAAAGUCUGUGGAACGAAUUUUGCGGACAAUUCAUCCCUGCAUCGACAUAAGCGAAUACACACUGGAGAGAAAUCGUAUGUUUGUGAAGUGUGUGGCACUUCAUUUGCUGUUAAACCAUACCUCAUAAGACAUAUGCGUAUCCAUACUGGUGAAAAGCCUUAUGGGUGUGACACUUGCGGAUCAAAGUUUACAGACUCGUCAAAACUAAAUCGCCACAAGAAAAUCCAUGCAAAAGCUUUCUCGAAACAGGGAAAGCAAUGUGAAGAGAAAACAGAAAAUGUGGGAAAUAUGAUAGAGAGGCCACAGAUUGAACAGCUGCAGCCCCUACAACACAUCGAGCCGCAGGACGAAGGUGACCUACGGAUCCAUCAUCACAUGAUGGUGGGUCAGUCAACUGAUGACCGGGGAAUGGAACAGCACUCGCUUAGUCUAGUUGAAGAGCUUCAACAGCCCUUGCCGAUGUCAACAAAUCUGAUACCUCUAACAAAUGUACUGCCAUUUAGCACUUCUGUCAUGUCAUAAAUAAAAAUAUUUCCAUGCCCCAUAAGUGAUCUUUUAGUGUGUAUUAACAAUUUUUUUAGCUAUCUACUGGCAGCCGGAGAAACAAUCAUUGUUAUUGUCAUUGCAGAUCUCAAGGUUGUAAUGAACAACUGGCUCCACCGCCUUAACUCUAAUGGAAUUUGGGAAAUGCAAAUGGCUACUAAAAUUAAAAGAAAACAUACCGGAAAGUGAAAUAAUAUGGUACUG